AAUCUCACAACAAAUAUUUCUCCCCUCAUGUUGAUGGUGAUGUCCUUGGAGAGAUAUGUAGCUGUGUGCUACCCUCUGAGGCAUGCUUCCAUCAUCACUAUCAAAAACACAACACUGUCUAUUAUUGCAAGUUGGACUGUCAGUUUACUAAAUAAUCUCACCCGGUGUCUUUUUUUGUUACAGUUUUCUCUUGAAAAACUAGAAACUUUACUUGUGAAAGACUAUUGCUAUGAUAUUAACUGGUUUCCAGAUUCUCUACGUGAAAGAUAUGAUAAAGCCUACACUUGUUUAGUGAUUAUUUCAGCUGGUUUGGCAGUAAUUUCCUCAUACACUGGAGUUGUACUAGCAGCUAGAUCAGCUUCUACAGACAAAGUAUCGGCCCUUAAAGCCCGUAAGACACUGCUGUUGCAUCUAGUACAUCUGGGCCUCAGUCUAUCUUCAACCGUUUACCACCCACUGCUCAUGGCUCUUUCAACACUUGUCACAAGGAUAGUGUUUGUAUGGGUCCAGGAUGUUUUCUAUGUGAUUAUCAUCAUCUUACCCAGAUGUCUGACUUCACACAUUUAUGGUCUCAAUGAUAAGACUAUCAGACCUGUUCUACUGUACCAUCUAUGUGGUCAACUGAAAAUCUCAGUUAAACCAGGUCCAUGCUGA